UUUUUGUUAAUAGAAACUAAUGCAAAACACUAUAUAUACUAUGCAUUGCUCCUUGUUCCAUUCCAUCCUCAUAACAGGGUAGUUGUUUAAAAUUUAAAUUGAACAACCAAAGUCACAAGAGACAACAACCAGGACAAUGGAAACCACCUUCAAGUAUCUUAUUUCUAUUGUCUUCCUUACUCUUGUCAUCAAAGGAUCAUGUGAUUGUCCAUUGAACACUCUUCAAAUUGUCCAAAGAAAAACCGUGGGAGUAGUUCAAGGCAAACCUGUGUGGCAAGUGUCUGUUAUAAACAACUGCAACUGUGAUCAAAGUCAAAUAUUGUUGUCUUGUAAAGGGUUUCAAACUGCAGAACCUAUCGAUCGUUCAGUUCUUAUCAUACAAGGUGAUAAUUGUCUCUUAUUUAAUGGACAUGCAUUGGGUGGACAUAAUACAGAUGAAUUUGCUUAUGCAUGGGAUGCACCCUUUCCUUUUGCUCCUAUAAGCUCUGUUACUGUUCCUCCUUGCAAAUCACAAAAGGAAAUAGAAAUAUAAUUUUGUAUUUAAAAUAAGUUGUGGAUUUUAGAUGAUUUAGGAACUUUAAUGUUCUCCAUAUGAGAUUGUAAAAUUUCAUAUUUGAAAUUCUAAAGAAAUAAAAAUAAGGGCAAUUUUAAAUAUGA